AUGGGGAAGGGAAACCCCAGCUUUCGAGGCUCUGCCUUCUCCACCGCAAGAAGACCAUUUAUUUCCCCGGCGCCCGAAGGACAGCGGCCGGGCUUCCACCCGCCCAUGCCCGGUCCCCUGAGCGGGCCCGGCGGGGGCGAGAGGGGCCGCGCGGUCCGGGCGACCCAGCGCUCCGCAGCUGCAGCCGCCGCGCCGGCCGCGCCGCCUCUGCACUUGUUGCCAUCCCCGAGGACAGGGAGGCGGCGGCCAUCCCCCGCGCCGCCGAGCCCGCUGCAGCACCCCCUUUCCACCUCCGCUGAUCCUCGCGCCCUCCGGAACCCUAGAGAAAGUAGCUCCGCGAGGGCGAACUCAGGUGAGGCGGCCAAACUUUUCCACCCCGGGCGGCCGGGAGACGCGGGGAUGGAGCCCCCAGAGAGCACUUACCCGGAGGUGCUGUCCCGCAGCCUCCGACGCCCGAGCGAGGCGCUGCCCCCGCGCCCUGCCCGAGGGCGCCCGGAACGCGCCGCCGGAGCCGGGCAGGAUCUCCCGAAGCGGCCCACGCCCGGCGGCGGCGCGGCUCGGGCAGCGCGAGGGGGCGGAGCCGAGGCCGCGCUCCGGGGCCGCGCUGGCUGUGCCCGCGGCGGGGGCCGCCCCCCUCGCUCCGCGCCUGCCGGCUGCCGCUGGAUCUCCGCCUGCCCGCCUCCCGGCCCCGGCAUCACAUGGCCGGGCCCGCCCGCCGCCGCGCCCGACACCGGCUCCAGGAGGAAACCUGAAGCUGCCCGACCGCGCGGGCUCCGCCGGCCCCCUCCCAACGCCCGCGGCCGCUUGCCUCGGCCUCGCUCCCCCGGCCCCGAGCACCGGGACCGGCGGGGGCUCCGAGCCCGGGGAGCGCGAGGUUGCGCCCUGGUGGCGGCGCCCGCGCGCCCCGGACCCCACUGGCCUCGCCUGGGCGCCGCCAGAGCGAGGGGUCGGCUGCCGGCUCCUGAAAGGAGAUGUGCCUUGGCCCGAGGCAGCCCCAGGCUGUCCUCGGCCAAAAGCCACCACAGUUGUGACUUAACGUGGCCCAUUUCUUACCUAAACAUCUGUAGACGCCCUCUUGUUUCUCGAGGCUCAGGUUCCUCAAGCCGAGAGCUUCGCGAGCUGCGAUUCUCUGCGCCUUCACGCCAGCAAGGGGCUCCAUUAGAAGUCACCAUAAUAUGA